UUGGAUAUGCCAAAAACCGAGCUGUGGACCAAAGUACAGGGAAAUUUUUAUGCUUCCUUGAUGCAGAUGAUAUUAUGCAUCGUAAUCGUGUACAGAAACAGUACGAUGUGGCUGUUCAGAAACCUAACUGUAUUGUGGGCUGUAAGUUUAAUCGAGUUCCUGAAGGUUCGACUGAAAGGUACACGCAGUGGGCCAAUAAUCUUAAACCAUUCCAGUUAUACACUCAGAUCUUUACUUCCCAUGGACCUACUGUCAUCAUGCCCACCUGGUUUUGCUCUCGUGCCAUUUUUAAUGAUGUUGGGGGGUUCUCCGAAGAUGGAAAGGGUACACCAGAAGAUCUCCUUUUCUUCUUCUCACAUCUGCGAAACGGAGGAAAAGUACAUCGAAUUGAUGAGGAUUUGCUCACUUAUCGCUACCAUCUUCAGGCCACAACAUUUUCUGUAUCCGAAGACACCAUUUGGAACAUUCGUGUCGGAGAAUUUGAAGAGCGUGUUCUAGCCAAGUGGCAAAACUUUACAAUAUGGAACGCAGGAAAACAAGGAAGAAAAUUAUUUCGCUCUUUGACAUCAGCCAAUCAGUCAAAGGUUACAGCUUUCUGUGAUGUGGAUGAAAAGAAGAUCAAAAAGGGUAUUUACAUACACGAAGAAUCAAAGGAAAUUCCAAAGCCAAGAAUUCCUAUUAUUCAUUUUACCGAGGGCAAGCCACCGUUUAUCAUCUGUGUGAAACUGGUAAUGACAGGUGUACGAAUCCAUUAA